ACACGCGUCCCUUCCGUGAUCCCGCCGUCUGUUUUUUUUUUGUGUGUGUAAAGUUAAACCGAAUUAAUCAGAAGAGUUAAAACCCACGAUGAUACGAUCAUAAACAGAAGCAGUGGUUUGAUUACAUUUUGAUUAUCAGAUUCAAAACAAAAUCGGAAGAGAGAGAGUCCAUGGCGGAGGGGAAACCGGACGAGCAGCUCUUCCAGCUUCUUUCGGGUCUUCUACAACAGGUGGAAUCAUUGACGAAUACAGAAGAAGUAGAAUUACGUUCUAAGAUCGAAGCUCUUGGUUUAGAAGUCACCAAAGUGCCAUCAAAGUCUGCUCAACACCUCAAUGAAGUGGAGAUUGCUAAGGAAUUGGAUAAUUUAUCAGCCAAGUUAGACGAUGUGGAUGAGAUGAUAUCAUCAGCCAUAGCUUCUGAUCCCCAAGUUCAGUCGCUUCUUAGCGGCACAGCCGAUGUUUGGAUGCCGGUUAUCACUGCCAACACCGAGGAGAGACUUAACUUCACUGCCUCUCUUGGUGAUGAUGACGAUGAGCUGCUUGCUAAUAAGGAUACUACCACCGACAAGAACAAGAACAAGAGUAGCUCGUAAUAAUCUUCUUUGCAAAACCCAUUUCCCUUAUUGAUUAUCUCAGUAUUGUUUUUUACUUAUUGUUUUUUACUUUUGAAGUCUUGUUACUUUUCCAAUCCAAUGUGUUCGAUAUGUACAUCAAUCAAUUAAAAAAAAAAAGUAUUUGUAGUUCAUGAUUGAUAUUUGAUGAUGGAGGUUAAUGCGAAUUGAAUACAACUGUUUAUUUAUUAUCACGAGUUUUGCGGGAUGCAAAUUUGCAAGUGUUUCUCAAUGGCAGAAAAGAAAAUCUUAGAAAAAACAAUUUCUACAUAAAACAAAGUUUCUUCUGUCAAUA